AUUAACUGUAGAAAAAGUAUCUAAUAUUGUAAAACUAUAUACUUAUUAUGUAAAUAAUGCUAGAAAUAAACUUAACUAUAUUAGUUAUAAUAUUUCUAAAUCAGAAUUUGAGCAAGUUAUAGAAAACUAUACAAAUACAAUUGACUAUAGUAAUAAUAUAUUUAAUGAAGAUGAAUAUGAUAAAGAAUUUGAUACUGAUUUUGUUUCAAAUGAUGAUAAUUUAGUUGAUCUUAUACAAUUUGAUAAUGAAAGUUUGGAGACUAAAAAAAUAUUAGAUUUUAAUACCUUUUUAGAUGAACAACUAAUGAAAAUAAUGAUCUUAAUUAUAUAG